GCCAUUUCAUCACCUCUGCGAGCGCAGCAUCCAUCCCUCGCUCUCCCUGCGCCUGGGCCUACCUCGCCUUGGGCUCCCAGGCCAGCGAUGCGCUCGCGGCCGCUCUAGAUCCGGACCAAGCGACGCGCUCCGAGGCCUCGGCUGGGCGCCCCUCUCGCCGCCCACGGCCGGCCCGGGCCGAGGAGACCCGCUGAUCUCCGGCCAUGGAGGCCAUCUGGCUAUACCAGUUCCGGCUCAUUGUCAUCGGGGAUUCCACGGUGGGCAAGUCCUGUCUGAUUCGCCGCUUCACCGAGGGCCGCUUUGCGCAGGUUUCGGACCCCACUGUGGGGGUGGAUUUUUUCUCCCGUCUGGUGGAGAUCGAGCCAGGAAAACGCAUCAAGCUCCAGAUCUGGGAUACCGCGGGUCAAGAGAGGUUCAGAUCCAUCACUCGCGCCUACUACAGGAACUCAGUAGGUGGCCUUCUCUUAUUUGACAUUACCAACCGCAGGUCCUUCCAGAAUGUCCAUGAGUGGUUAGAAGAGACCAAAGUACACGUUCAGCCCUACCAAAUUGUAUUUGUUCUGGUGGGUCACAAGUGUGACCUGGAUACACAGAGGCAAGUGACUCGCCACGAGGCAGAGAAACUGGCUGCUGCGUACGGCAUGAAGUACAUUGAAACAUCAGCCCGAGAUGCCAUUAACGUGGAGAAAGCCUUCACAGACCUGACGAGAGACAUCUAUGAGCUGGUUAAAAGGGGGGAUAUUACAAUCCAGGAGGGAUGGGAAGGGGUGAAGAGUGGAUUUGUACCAAAUGUGGUUCACUCUUCAGAAGAGGUUGUCAAGUCAGAGAGGAGAUGUCUGUGCUAGUCAGCCCUUUUAUUUCCCAAACAUGCUCUCCCACCUGAACUUAAAAGCGAUCAAAAUGAAGAGAAUCUUGCGUGACUGAAGAGAACUCAACCUCCAUUUUGCAUACAAGUGAGCCUCCUUCUCCAGGGGUCUCGGACAGGCCUUUGGUGAGGGGCGGGAGGGGUGGAUGUGGGAGCCUGGGUGCUGGGACCGAGGGGCUCAUUCCGGGCACUGUUUGUGGCCCAUUGGGAGCAGUGGCUGCUCCAUGCGCCCUCUGUGGACCACAUGUCAACGGGCUGAGGUUUGGGAAGCUGGGCCCCGGAAAAAUACACCCACAGACAGGACAGCUAUUUCUUGGUGUUUCAGCUCAUUCAUAGAUCAUAAACAUAAAUGUGUAAAGGGGGGUAAAGUAUCACAUUGGAAACAAUAAGCAAAACUAAAAAAGACUAUGAGAUCAACUUAAUCAGUGAGAAUAUCCCACACGGAGUGUGUGCGCAGGGGUUGGUGAAAAGGUACCAAUUAGCUUUCAAACAGCUCGUGUGUAAAAUGAGGGGCACGGACCAGCUAUUUACUAAGACCCUUUUGAGGCCUGUUGUAAAAAAAAAAAAGCUGUGUAUAUGAAAAGAGAAGUCCCUAUACAUAGUUUUUUUAGUCACAUUCCAGAAAACGCACACCCUUGUGAUAGAAUAACCAACUGUGUGAAAGAAACUGCAGAUUCCUAUCUAAGUAGAAAAAAGGGGCCCCGCAACCUGGGGUUUCCCCGCAGACGCAGCCAAGGCCUGAAAGCACACAAGCUUCGGGUCCCUUUGGUUGGUGGCGGCAACGGUUCAGGGCCUGGCUCUGCCAAGAGCCCUGAGGCAACAUUUGCUCCGCAAGUGGCCCCCCCCCGCCCCGCCCAUUAACAGCAGGCCUCUAAGGUUUCUCCCCCAUUUUACAGAAGAGUAAACUAAGAAGCAGGAGGCUCCUCACUCGGUCAAGGUGAAAGUCUCCUGACUCCUAGUUCUCGUUCCACCGCACCAGCUUGUCCCUGCUGUCCAAUGAAUGGCCUGUUAUUAAUUUGUUCGCUUUGGAAGAGAUAUGACUGUAAAUAAAUGAUCUCUACACGCUAGGGUGUUUCCUUCUUGCUUACGACUCAGCUGCCAUCGUGAGGGCGCCCGGGCAUGAAAUGAAGGUCAGGCCGAUUCAGGUAUUCCUGACAAGCGGGCUUUAGACGAGUGAGUACUUGCACAACUAUAAGACGUUAAAACCGCGUGGGCCACGUGUGUCCUUAUCACCGAGACACAGUGGACGUGUUAGCACAAGAACCAAGUGCAGCGAUGGGAGUGGGAUGGGGGUAAACACUCACCUCACAAUGACCUUGGCCACCUGUUGCCAUAUACUACGCUGGGUUCUUGUCUACCCUAGAGUCAGGUCCUAAUUCUCAGGUAAACAGAUGUCUAACUGCGUCAGAAAACUGAAAUGGUUGGCUUAAGGUUCCGUUACCUUCUCAAAGAGAGGUCAUGCUUUAAAUUAUUUUUCAGACUGUAGCCAGCUGAGCUAGGCAAAAGCCAUACUUUUCACAGUAAGAAAACAAUUCUGAAUCGUCAGGUUUCUCAUAUCCAUUGUGACAGGAAAGCCUGACAGUGGUAAAUUGCUUUGAAUGUGACUGAAUCUGAAAGUUCGAGAAUUUGCUUCGGCCACAAAGAAGAAGCCAAAUAACGAGAAUUAUGGCCACGAAUGCCUUGGACCAACCUGCGGCAUCAACCACACGUGACCCCCCCCCCCCUCUUCUACAUUCGUUUCACUCGACCUGGCCUGGGCGGUGUGAGUAGGCUGCCAGCAUUGUGGUUUUAGAAGGCAAAUAAAAGAUGGUGAACGGGAUUUACACAGAGUUUCAUCAACUAUUAUGUUUAGUUAUAUUAAGAAGAUUCUGAAAACAAGAGUAUCCAGUGGAUAAAUGAGUGUUUUCAGUGGAUUCUGUCAGUUCAAACAAAAGGAUAGAAAUAAAACUUCAUGGUUUUCUUGUCUAAAAGACAUUCUAUGUAUACUUUUUCCAUUCCUUGCAUUUUUAAAGGCAGGUUUGAAAAUACUCAGCAUAGGAUCCAGCAAAGGUGGCUGAGCUUAAUCGCUUAAACAAGCUCUAGAAACUUUAAAAAUCAUUUUAGUAGAAUUCAGUGCUGUUGUCACUGCAAUAAGUGGGUUUUAGAAACGGAGUGUGAAAAAAUCAGGUGUCAAUACGAUACUAAGGAUAAAGCUUUAGAAGCUAUUUUACUACAUAGGUAAAGAAAAGAUCAACUAACUUGUAACAAAGACUACAACUGCAUGUUGGAUUGGAUUGUCUCAUAUUCCAGAAUAAAAUGUACUGUAUCCUCUUUCUCGCUUUGUUGUGCACUGUAAUGAAAUGUGGAAAAAUGUUUUCUUUAACUGUAUGUGAAUGAGAAUUUGCUUGUAUUUAGUAAAAUGGUUGAUUAUGUGACUGUGAAA